AUGUCUGACCAUCCAUGGUUCAAUCUUCCUCUCCAACUAAGAGGUGCUCUCGAAACCUUCGACGAAACCAUCAACCACGACAGACAGUUCCUUGCCUUCAUAACCACCGACCAUAUAACAAGCCCAAUAUCCUUCGCUAUCAAAUCGGUCGGCAGCGAUAAUGCAAUCAUCUUCACCUUCAGCAAAGGACAUGGCCACGCACGAAAUGUUUUCAAAAAGAACCCUACAGCUCCGUAUCAAAGCUUCUGGGCCCUAUGUGGGCUAAACAUCCGCCAGGAGGGAGUAGAUGUGAUCGGCGAUCAACUGGAAUUCGCCAAGUACGCCCAUAUCUGGCGCAGCAUGCUCGAUGUCCUCCACGAUGUUUACUGCGGGCCGAACGACGUCUUUACUCAACAAAACCAAGAAGAAGACCAUAUAACAGGUCGGUAUGUCUUCAUUCAAACACAGGCCUGGGGACGAUGCAAAGUCUUCUACGAGACAAGCGGAAGUGGUUCACAGGAGAUCCUCUUUCUGCACACCGCUGGCUCUGACAGCAGACAAUACCACGGCGUCAUGAACGAUUCUCGGAUGCGAGACCGAUGCAGGAUGGUUGCGUUUGAUCUACCUUCGCAUGGAAGGAGUUUUCCUAGUCCUGCGUAUCCUGCCAGUGGACAUUUCAACAAUGAAGAUGCCUAUAUAGCGUGCAUUGCCGCUGUCAUCAAGGCUUUGAAUUUGAAUAAACCAAUACUCCGUGGAGCGUCGAUGGCCGGUCAGGUCUGUAUUGCUGCUGCGAUUCGUGCGGAAGAGGUUGGCAUUUGUGGUUCGAUUCCUCUUCAGGGAUGCGAGUAUAUCGAUAUGCACCGCGAAUGGCACGACAAAUCGCCGCUUGUCAACAGCGCAACUCUCAACCCUGAAUGGAUCUACGGAAUGACAUCCCCAACAAGCCCACUCGAGAACCGCCAGCUGCUAUGGCACACAUACAGCGCCCAAGCCUAUGGCAUCUUUCACGGCGAUCCGGACUUUUACUUCAACGGCUGGGACGGUCGUGGACGGGUAGAAAAGAUUGACACGAGCAAGUGUCCGAUGUAUUUCCUCACGGGCGAGUACGACUGGAGUAACACACCGGAGAUGUCAGAGAAAACUGCUAAAAAGAUCCCCGGGGCGAGGUUCAAGAGCAUGUCUGGUUUGGGCCAUUUUCCUGCGACGGAGAACCCGGAUGUUUUUGUGCUGUAUUUGAUUGAGGCUGUGGACUUUAUUUAG